UGCUACACGAUCAUCAAAUAAAUACCGAAAAAGUAGUGUUCCAGCUGGUGUUCGAGGAGCUAUCUCUCAUCAUGAAGGUUCUCGCAUUUACCCUGGUGUUUUUGGCGCUUAUCUCCUUGGUGAUGUCCUUCUGCCAGAAUGAGGCACAAAGGGCCGCGGAAUGUGUCCAGACCCUGAUGGACAGCUGGAAAUUCGACGAGGUAGAGUCCGAGGAAGAUAAGAAUGGUGUCAUCUGCUGCGUCGCAGACGACAUCGAGGGAUGUGUGCGAAGCCACUUGACGGGAAGAUGUUCUACUUAUGGGUCUCUGGUAUCCGAAAGGGCUAGAGGAACUUUCUUCGCGAUUUUAGCGGGCGACCGAGAGGCUGACUUCUGCACCGCACGCGCGGGUCCCACAUGCAGUGCCCUUAAGUCCCGUUUUGAAAACUGAGUGACCAGCAGGAUUAAUUGCUUUGUUACUGUUCUGUGUACUAAACAGGCCUUUCAUAAACGA